CGAACUUCUAACAAGAAUUCUUGGAAUUCCUUGGGGGUUCUUGAUUGGUGCUGAGCUAACUAUAGUGCAAAGUCGUAUCUCUUUGGUUAAUAAGAUCCAAAAGGUUUAUCGAUCCCAGGGUGUGCAGAUCCAUAAUAGACAUAUAGAAAUUAUUGUCCGUCAAAUAACAUCAAAAGUGGUGGUUUCAGAAGAUGGAAUGUCUAAUGUUUUUUUACCCGGAGAACUUAUUGGAUUGUUGCGGGCGGAACGAACGGGGCGCGCUUUGGAAGAAGCAAUUUGUUACCGAGCUAUAUUAUUGGGAAUAACGAAAGCAUCUCUAAAUACUCAAAGUUUCAUAUCCGAAGCGAGUUUUCAAGAAACUGCUCGCGUUUUAGCAAAAGCCGCUUUACGCGGUCGUAUUGAUUGGUUGAAAGGUCUGAAAGAAAAUGUUGUUCUAGGGGGGAUGAUACCCGUUGGUACCGGAUUCGUUGGUACCGGAUUCAAAGGAUUAGUGCACUGUUCAAGGAAGCAUAAUAACAUUCCUUUGGAACCCCAAAAUAAGAAUUUAUUUGAGUGGGAAAUGAGAGAUAUUUUAUUCCACCACAGAGAAUUAUUUUCUUUUUGUAUUUCAAAGAAUGUACAUGAUACAUCAGAACAAUCAUUUCUAGGAUUUAAUGAUUCCUAACAGCAGACUCAUCCUUUUUGUCUAUUUGUGGUUGCAGUCAUUUGAUUUGGUAAUAGUAAUAAGGAGAAUAAUAAAGAAAAUAAUGAAUAGAAAAGAAAGAUUGAAAAAAAAAAUGAACGGCUUGGAUCGCGUAUCAACGGCCAAUUUCCGUUAGAAGAGAAGGUUCCAUGGGAACUAUUAUUUUUUUCUAUUUUCAGGGUACCUCAUCUCUUUUUUUUCUUUGAAAAAAAAAAAAAGAGAAGAAGUGGGGGGAGAAAUGACAAGAAGAUAUUGGAACAUCAAUUUGGAAGAGAUGAUGGAAGCUGGAGUACAUUUUGGUCAUGGUACUAAGAAAUGGAAUCCUAGAAUGGCACCUUAUAUAUCUGCAAAGCGUAAAGGUAUUCAUAUUAUAAAUCUUACUAGAACAGCUCGGUUUUUAUCAGAAGCUUGUGAUUUAGUUUUUGAUGCAGCAAGUAGGGGAAAACAAUUCUUAAUUGUUGGUACCAAAAAUAAAGCAGCUGAUUCAGUAGCAGGGGCAGCAAGAAAGGCUCGGUGUCAUUAUGUUAAUAAAAAAUGGCUUGGUGGUAUGUUAACGAAUUGGUAUACUACAGAAACGAGACUUCAUAAGUUCAGAGACUUGAGAACGGAACAAAAGACGGGCAGACUCAACCGUCUUCCGAAAAGAGAUGCGGCUGUGUUGAAGAGACAACUAUCUCACUUGCAAACAUAUUUGGGCGGGAUUAAAUAUAUGACGGGGUUACCUGAUAUUGUAAUAAUCGUUGAUCAGCAAGAAGAAUAUACGGCUCUUCGAGAAUGUAUCACUUUGGGAAUUCCAACGAUUUGUUUAAUCGAUACAAAUUGUGACCCGGAUUUAGCAGAUAUUUCGAUUCCAGCGAAUGAUGACGCUAUAGCUUCAAUCCGAUUAAUUCUUAACAAAUUAGUAUUUGCGAUUUGUGAGGGUCGUUCUAGCUAUAUACGAAAUUCUUGAUUAAUAAUAAGAUAAGGAAAUUAUUUUGGGAACUCCAUAGAAUAUAGAUUUAUUGAACCGGUUACUAUUCCUGAAUCGCACAAAAGAGAUAAAAAUAACUGAGGCUUUGAUGUGAUUAG